ACGUUUGCCGUACUGUCAUUCGUACGCUUUGUUGUGCAAACAAACACCGAAGCGAGCAGGCAUUUGGCGGGCUAAUUGUGUUACCUAAAUUUGUGAUUGGGUUUUGUGCAGGAAUUAGCUGUAAAAAGACGCCUCCAGCCAAAGAAAAUGAGUGCAAGCAUCAACCGGAAGCGUUUGCGGUCGAACGACAGUGAAGGAUGCUUUGCGCUGCAGCGGAAAACGUUCGUCAGCCAGCAGCGGAUGGAUCAGCAGGAUCCGAACAAAAUGAAGCGCAUUCUAGCAAAAACCAUCAAUAUGCUGUUCCAGGGAGCGAAGCAUCACGACAAAGAUGUGUUCGUGAAUCAGAAGGAAUCGCUGAAAUCGGUUCGUUUGCUCGGUGGUGGGGAAAUAGAUUACGAUCUGAACGCUACCUCAUCGUGGCUCGGAAAGAAAGCGGAUCGAAAAUGUCGCCAGUGCGAUCGAUUGGCGAUUGUGCACGCCGACUGCAUCAACUGCAACUUGGAGCUGUGCGAGCACUGUGGCGUGAACUGCAACUUCUGUCCGGAAAAGAUUUGCCUGAACUGCGUAACCAUAUUUGAGUGCGUGUUGCGCGAUUUGCCCUGCUGUGAGCAGUGCAAAAUGUUUGUUUAAUAGUUGGUGCAAGUGCAACGAACACGAUGUGAUAGAGCAAAGAAAAAAAAAAACCGCCGCCGCCCCCAGUUACGAUUAGAUUAGUGUAAAGUUUAUUUCCUGUUGUGUCUUAUUACUGUGUUUAAACGUUAAAUAAAAAAAAACCAGUCAUUAGUUUUAACUAGCAUCAGUUUGCAACGUA